CGGAGGGGCUGUCAUUCGCGGCGCGGGUCGCCGCCCUCAGCUGCGCCAGGCGGUUCCGGCUCCUCCCAGCCGCCUCAGUCCCACCAUGGUGCUGGAGUCGGUGGUCGCGGACUUGCUGAACCGCUUCCUGGGGGACUAUGUGGAGAACCUGGACAAGUCCCAGCUGAAGCUGGGGAUCUGGGGCGGUAAUGUGGCUUUAGAUAAUCUGCAGAUAAAAGAAAAUGCCCUGUGCGAAUUGGAUGUUCCUUUUAAAGUCAAGGCUGGCCAAAUUGAUAAAUUAACUCUGAAGAUUCCUUGGAAAAACCUUUAUGGAGAAGCGGUUGUUGCGACCUUAGAGGGAUUAUACCUGCUUGUUGUUCCUGGAGCAAGUAUUAAAUAUGAUGCUGAAAAAGAAGAAAAAUCCUUGCAGGAUAUUAAACAGAAAGAGCUAUCUAGAAUUGAAGAAGCCCUUCAAAAAGCAGCAGAAAGAGGCGCACAUUCAGGGGAGUUCAUAUAUGGCUUGGAAAACUUUGUUUACAAGGACAUCAAGCCUGGACGUAAACGUAAAAAGCACAAAAAACAUUUUAAGAAACCUUUUAAAGGUCUUGAUCGCUCAAAAGAUAAACCAAAAGAAGCCAAAAAGGAUACAUUUUUGGAAAAAUUGGCAACGCAAGUAAUAAAAAAUGUACAAGUAAAAAUCACAGAUAUUCACAUUAAAUAUGAAGAUGAUGUCACUGAUCCAAAUCGACCUCUGUCAUUUGGCCUCACAUUGGGAGAACUGAGUUUAUUGACUGCAAACAAACACUGGACUCCAUGCAUAUUAAAUGAAGCAGAAAAAAUUAUAUACAAGCUCAUGCAACUUGAUAGUCUUAGUGCCUACUGGAAUGUAAACUGCAGCAUGUCUUACCAGGGAUCAAGGGAACAGAUUUUGGAUCAGCUGAAAAAUGAAAUUCUUACAAGUAGAAAGAUACUCCCAAAUUACCAAUGCAUUUUUCAGCCAAUAUCAGCCUCUGCAAAACUCUACAUGAAUCCUUAUGCGCAGGUUGGCUGGCUCGUCGGUACAAAUAUUGCCAUUGAACUGACCAAGCCUCAGUACUUAAGUAUGAUUGACCUUUUGGAGUCAGUGGAUUAUAUGAUUAGAAAUGCCCCUUACAGGAAAUAUAAGCCUUAUUUACCAAUUCAUACCAAUUGUCGACAAUGGUGGAAAUAUGCAAUUGAUUCUGUUCUUGAAGUUCAUAUAAGAAGAUGUACACAGAUGUGGUCAUGGAGUAACAUAAAAAAGCACAGGCAGUUACUCAAGAGUUAUAAAACUGCCUACCAAAACAAGUUAACCCAGACUAAAGUCUCAGAAGAAAUACAGAAACAAAUUCAGGACUUGGAGAAGACUCUAGAUGUUUUUAACAUAAUUUUAGCACGGCAACAAGCACAAGUUGAGGUGAUUCGGUCUGGGCAGAAAUUAAGGAAAAAGUCUGCUGACAAAGGCGAGAAACGUGGAGGCUGGUUUAGUGGGUUUUGGGGUAAAAAGGAAUCUAAGAAAAAAGAUGAAGAAUCAUUGAUUCCUGAAACUAUUGAUGACCUUAUGACUCCAGAGGAAAAAGAUAAGCUCUUCACUGCUAUUGGUUAUAGUGAGACUACCCACAACCUAACUUUACCCAAGCAGUAUGUUGCUCAUAUAAUGACCCUGAAGUUAGUUAGCACCUCUAUUACAAUCAGAGAAGACAGAAAUAUUCCAGAAAUACUAAAAAUUCAGAUAAUUGGCCUGGGCACUCAAGUAUCUCAGCGACCAGGAGCACAAGCACUUAAGGUAGAAGCAAAAUUAGAACACUGGUAUAUAACAGGUCUGAGGCAGCAAGAUACUGUACCAUCACUUGUGGCUUCAAUUGGUGAUACUGCAUCAUCCUUACUUAAAAUAGAGUUUGAAACCAAUCCAGAGAAUAGUCCUGCUGACCAGACUCUGAUUUUUGAAUCUCAGCCUGUGGAGGUCAUCUAUGAUGCUAAAACCAUCAAUGCAGUGGUUGAUUUCUUUCAAUCAAAUAACGGAUUGGAUCUUGAGCAGAUAACAUCAGCUACAUUGACGAAGCUGGAAGAAAUUAAAGAGAGAACAGCUACAGGACUUACACAUAUUAUUGAAACUCGAAAAGUUCUUGAUUUAAGGAUAAACCUGAAGCCUUCUUAUCUAGUAGUUCCACAGACAGGUUUCCAUCAUGAAAAGUCAAACCUUCUGAUCUUAGAUUUUGGUACAUUUCGGCUCAACAGUAAAGAUCAAGGUUUACAGAAGACUACUAAUUCAUCUCUGGAAGAAAUAAUGGACAAGGCAUAUGACAAGUUUGAUAUUGAAAUAAAAAGUGUGCAACUACUCUUUGCAAGAGCAGAGGAAAACUGGAAAAAGUGCCGAUUUCAGCAUCCAUCAACUAUGCAUAUAUUGCAACCAAUGGAUAUUCAUGUUGAGUUGGCCAAGGCAAUGGUAGAAAAAGACAUUAGAAUGGCCAGAUUUAAAGUAACAGGAGGACUUCCUUUGAUGCAUGUGAGAAUUUCUGACCAGAAGAUGAAAGAUGUGCUAUGUUUGCUUAAUAGUAUACCCUUGCCACAGAAAUCAUCAGCACAGUCUCCAGAGAGACAGGUGUCCUCAACUCCUGUUAUUUCGGGUGGGACAAAAGGUCUACUUAGUACUUCACUAUUGCUAGAUGGAGUGGACUCAGAGUCUGAUGAUGAGUAUUUUGAUGCUGAAGAUGGAGACUCACAGACUAGUAAAAGUAUGAAAGGAUCAGAACUAAAAAAAGUUGCAGAGGUCCCAAAUGAGGAGCUCAUUAAUCUUCUACUCAAGUUUGAAAUUAAAGAGGUAAUUUUGGAAUUUACUAAACAACAGAAAGAAGAAGUUACAAUUCUAGUAUUUAAUGUUACUCAGUUGGGAACAGAGGCUACAAUGAGAACAUUCGACUUAACUGCAGUAUCUUAUUUAAAGAAAAUCAGCUUGGAUUACCAUGAAAUUCAAGGAUUCAAAAGGAAACCCCUUCACUUGAUUAGCUCUUCUGAUAAACCUGGAUUAGAUCUUUUAAAAGUGGAAUAUAUUAAGGCUGAUAAGAAUGGACCUAGUUUUCAAACUACUUUUGGAAAAACUGAACAAACAGUCAAGGUGGCCUUUUCAUCUUUAAAUCUGUUGCUACAAACACAAGCUCUUCUCUCUUCUAUUAAUUACCUGACAACCAUUAUUCCGUCGGAUAAUCAAGACACAGGUGUUGCCAAGGAGGUACAAAUUCCAGCUGAAAAACAACAAAAAAAUUCAACUCUACAGAAAGUGAUUGUAUCCUCUAAAGAUAGUGACAUUAUUGGCUUCAGCUUAUUUGCCAAGUUGAAUGCUUUCUCUGUCAUCGUUUGUGAUGAAAAGAGCAAUAUUGCCGAAAUCAAGAUUCAAGGCCUUGAUUCUUCCCUUUCUCUUCAGUCAAGAAAGCAGUCACUUUAUGCCAGAUUGGAAAAUAUUAUUGUCACAGAUGUCGAUCCUAAAACAGUUCAUAAAAAAGCUGUGUCCAUAAUGGGAAAUGAAGUUUUUCGUUUUAACCUGGAUUUGUAUCCAGAUGCAACUGAGGGGGAUUCGUAUACUGACAUGUCCAAAGUGGAUGGUGCACUCUCACUGAAUGUUGGCUGUAUUCAGAUUGUCUACCUUCACAAAUUCCUUAUGUCACUUCUGAACUUCCUGAACAAUUUCCAGACUGCCAAAGAGUCUCUGAGUGCUGCCACUGCCCAGGCUGCAGAAAAGGCUGCCACAAGUGUGAAAGGUCUUGCCCAGAGGAGUUUUCGUGUUUCCCUCAAUAUUGAUUUGAAAGCGCCAGUUAUAAUCAUCCCACAGUCUUCCAUUUCCACUAGUGCGGUAGUGGUAGAUCUUGGGUUAAUCAGAGUGCAAAAUCAGUUCAGUCUGGUGUCUGGUGAAGACUACAUCAAUCCUCCAGUAAUUGAUACAAUGGAUGUUCAGCUAACAAAGCUCACACUUUCUAGGACAGUGAUCCAGCCAGGCAUCUCCCAUCCUGAUAUUCAGAUGUUGCACCCAAUUAACCUGGAAUUUUUUGUAAAUCGGAAUCUAGCUGCAUCUUGGUACCACAAGGUGCCUGUGGUAGAAAUUAAAGGACACCUUGAUUCAAUGAAUGUUACUCUAAACCAGGAAGAUCUCAAUCUUUUACUUAGGAUACUAGCAGAAAAUCUUGGUGAGGCUGUUGAAGACAUGGAUAAAGUGAAACCAAGGGUGCAAGAGACAGGUGAAAUUAAAGAGCCCCUUGAAAUCUCUAUAUCACAGCAAGAUGUACAUGCUUCAAAAGAUAAUUUAACAACUGGAGUGGAAGAAAUUAGAUCUGUAGACAUCAUUAAUAUGCUGCUGAAUUUUGAAAUUAAAGAGGUGUGUUGUGGUACUUUGAUGAAAAAAGCAGAAAAGAAAGGAAGGCCUUUACAGGAAUAAAUAUCCUGCACCUUGGAAUGAAGCUAGAGUUAAACAUAUGACAUGACUGCUGAAGCUUAUCUUAAAAAAAUUAGUAUGCGAUUUGAUUUCACUGACUCUAAAGGAGAACCUCUUCACAUUAUUAACUCUUCUAAUGUGACUGAUGAACCUCUUCUGAAAAUGUUACUGACAAAGGCAGACAGUGAUGGACCAGAGUUUAAAACUAUUCAUGAUAAUACCAAACAGAGACUGAAGGUUUCAUUUUCAUCUUUAGACUUAGUACUUCAUUUGGAAGCUUUACUUUCCUUUAUGGAUUUUUUAUCAUCUGCUGUUCCAUCUUCUGGACCAUCCUCUUCUGAGAAGGAAUCUGAGCUGAAACCACUCAUGAGGGAGUCCAGAAGUAUCACUGGCAAAGCUGUAUCUAGCAACACCUCUCAAAAGGAUGUGUUUGAUUUAAAGAUCACAGCUGAAUUAAAUGCAUUUAAUAUCUUUGUCUGUGAUCAGAAAUGUAACAUUGCAGACAUUAAAAUACAUGGAUUGGAUGCCUCUAUUUCUGUGAGGCCGAAGCAGACUGAUGUGUUUGCCAGACUUAAGGAUAUCAUAGUUACAAAUGUAGAUUUGCUGUCCAUUCACAAAAAGGCUGUCUCUAUUUUGGGAGAUGAAGUCUUUAGGUUCCAGCUGACCCUUUAUCCUGACGCCACAGAAGGAGCGGCCUAUGCUGAUAUGUCUAAAGUGGAUGGCAAACUUAGUUUCAAAGUGGGCUGUAUUCAGAUUGUUUAUGUUCAUAAAUUCUUCAUGUCUCUUUUGAACUUCCUCAACAAUUUCCAAACUACUAAAGAAGCUUUGAGUGCAGCCACAGUCCAGGCUGCAGAAAGAGCUGCUUCCAGCAUGAAAGAUUUGGCUCAGAAAAGUUUCCGCCUUUUGAUGGAUAUCAAUUUGAAAGCACCAGUUAUUGUUAUUCCUCAGUCUUCAGUAUCACCUAAUGCUAUUAUAGCAGAUUUGGGUUUAAUCAGAGUUGAAAAUAAAUUUAGCUUGGUUUCUAAAGAACAGUUUUCUCUUCCUCCAGUCAUUGAUAAAAUGAACAUUGAGCUCACUCAGUUGAAGCUGUCCAGAACUAUUUUGCAAGCUGGUUCUCAACAACAUGAUAUUGAAAUUUUAAAACCAGUCAACAUGCUUUUGUCCAUACAGAGAAAUUUAUCGGCAACAUGGUAUGUGCAAAUUCCUGGGAUGGAGAUAAAAGGAAAAUUAAAACCUAUGCAGGUUGCUCUCAGUCAAGAUGACUUGACAACUUUAAUGAAAAUUUUGCUAGAAAAUCUUGGAGAAGCUUCUUCACAGCCAAGCCCUACACAGUCUGUGCAGGAAGCUAUGAGAGUGAGAAAAGUAGAUGUCCCUAGUGGACUUGACCUCCUCAAAGAACAGGAAGACUUGACAGACUCAAACCUUUCUGUGGACCAGAAUGUCACUCUCCAGUUUGACUUUCACUUUGAAUCUCUUUCCAUUAUUCUUUAUAACAAUGAUGUCAACCAGGAGUCCAAACUUUCAUUACAUAAUGACACUUUCCGGCUUGGUGAACUCAGACUACAUUUUAUGGCCUCCGCAGGGAAGAUGUUUAAGGACGGCUCAAUGAAUGUCAGCAUUAAACUUAAGACGUGCACCCUUGAUGAUCUCAGAGAAGGCAUUGAGAGAGCAACAUCGAGAAUGAUUGACAAAAAGAAUGACCAAGAUGACAACAGUUCUAUGAUUGAUAUAAGUUACAAACAAGACAAAAACGGAAGUCACAUUGAUGCUGUCCUUUACAAGCUGUAUGUAUGUGCCAGUGUGGAAUUCCUGAUGAUUGUGGCAGAUUUCUUUAUCAAAGCGGUGCCUCAGAGUCCAGAAAAUAUGGCAAAAGAAACACAGAUUCCAAGGCAGACUGUCACAGGGAAAGUUAAGACGGAGAAAGAUGACUCUGUAAGACCAAACAUGACUUUAAAGGCCACAAUUACAGACCCAGAAGUGGUAUUUGUCGCCAACCUGACCAAGGCUGAUGCUCCUGCUCUGACGGCCUCAUUCCAGUGUAACCUCUCUCUAUCAACAUCUAAACUCGAGCAGAUGAUGGAAGCUUCUGUGAGAGAUCUGAAAGUGCUUGCUUGCCCUUUUCUCAGAGAAAAGAGAGGGAAAAACAUUACCACAGUCUUGCAGCCCUGCUCUUUAUUUAUGGAAAAAUGUACAUGGGCUUCAGGAAAACAAAAUAUAAAUAUUGUGGUUAAAGAAUUUAUAAUUAAGAUUUCACCCAUAAUUCUUAAUACUGUGAUGACAAUCAUGGCUGCUAUGUCACCAAAGGCAAAAGAAGAUGAAUCCAAAGAUACAUCUAAGGAAAUGGAAAAUCUCUGGGGCGUCAAAUCUAUUAAUGAUUAUAACUCUUGGUUUCUUGGUGUUGACACGGCAACAGAAAUAACAGAAAAUUUCCAAGACGUACAACAUCCAUUGAUAGAGGAAAAUUGUGCAGUUGUUGUGGAGUCAAUUCAAGUUACCUUGGAAUGUGGCCUUGGGCAUCGAACUGUCCCCUUAUUAUUGGCAGAAUCUAGGUUUUCAGGAAAUAUUAAAAAUUGGACUUCCCUAAUGGUUGCUGCUACUGAUAUGACACUGGAGGUUCACUAUUACAAUGAGAUCCAUGCUGUCUGGGAGCCACUGAUUGAGAGAGUAGAGGGGAAGAGACAAUGGAAUUUAAGGCUUGAUGUAAAGAAGAACCCAGUCCAGGAUAAAAGUCUGAUGCCAGGAGAUGAUUUUAUUCCUGAGCCACAAAUGGCAAUUCGUAUUUCUUCAAGAGAUACAAUGAAUAUAACAAUAUCCAAAAGUUGUCUUAAUGUUUUCAACAAUUUAGCAAAAGGUUUUUCAGAGGGCACUGCUUCUACUUACUACUCUUUAAAAGACAAGGCUCCUUUUACGGUAAAAAAUGCUGUGGGUAUUCCCAUUAAAGUUCGGCCCAAUUGUAAUCUCAGAGUAAUGGGCUCUCCUGAGAAAACUGAUAUUUUUGAUGUUGAUGCUGGCCAGAAUUUGGAAUUGGAAUAUGCCAGCAUGGCACCUUCACAUCAAGGGAAACCUAUAUUGAGCCGUCAAGAAAGCUCCUUCUUUACUCUGACCUUUGUGCCUCAUGGAUAUACAGAAGUCGGGAAUAUCCCUGUUGCCAGACCUGGACGGCGGUUGUAUAACGUACGGAAUCCCAACGCCAGUCAUUCCGACUCCGUUGUGGUACAGAUUGAUGCAACUGAAGGGAAUAAAGUAGUCACCCUUCGCUCACCUCUCCAGAUUAAAAACCAUUUCUCUAUUGCAUUUAUAAUCUAUAAGUUUGUUAAGAAUGUGAAGCUAUUGGAGCGCAUUGGAAUAGCCAGACCUGAAGAGGAGUUCCAUGUUCCUUUAGAUUCAUAUAGAUGUCAGUUGUUUAUUCAGCCAGCUGGACUCUUAGAGCAUCAGUACAAAGAAUCCACUACUUACAUUUCCUGGAAGGAAGAACUUCACAGGAGCAGGGAAGUCAGAUGCAUGUUGCAGUGUCCAUCAGUAGAAGUCAGCUUCUUACCUCUCAUAGUGAAUACGGUUGCUCUGCCUGAUGAAUUAAGCUAUAUAUGUACACAUGGGGAAGACUGGGAUCCAGCUUACAUUAUUCAUCUUUAUCCUUCUCUCACUUUGCGGAAUCUUCUCCCGUAUUCUCUAAGAUAUUUACUUGAGGGGACAGCAGAAACUCAUGAGCUAGCAGAAGGUACUGCUGAUGUUCUACAUUCGAGAAUCAGUGGGGAAUAAUGGAUAGUCCUGGUGAAAUACCAGGAAAACUGGAAUGGACGUUUCCGAUAAGUGAUACACUUCCGAGUUCUUUCUUGUGUGUUUUCUUCUGACUCCACAGAAGUGAUGACGGUUGACCUGUCAGUACACACCAGGCGAAUUGGCAGCCGGAUGGUGCUGUCUGUCUUUAGUCCCUACUGGCUUAUUAACAAGACUUCUCGGGUUCUUCAGUAUCGUUCAGAAGAUAUUCACGUGAAACAUCCAGCUGAUUUCAGGGAUAAUUUAUUCUCUUUCAAGAAGAAGAACAUUUUUAGUAAAAAUAAGUAUGUACAAUUAAAAAUUUCAACUAGUGCCUGGUCCAAUAGUUUCUCAUUGGAUACAGUGGGAAGUUAUGGGUGUGUGAAGUGUCCUGCCAGCAAUAUGGAAUACCUGGUUGGUGUUAGCAUCAAGAUGAGCAGUUUUAAUCUUUCACGAAUAGUUACUCUGACCCCCUUUUGUACCAUUGCAAACAAGUCAUCCUUAGAACUAGAAGUCGGUGAAAUUACAUCUAAUGGCUCAGUGCCGACUAUUAAAUGGAACUAUAUUGCUUCAUCAGAGUGCCUUCCAUUUUGGCCUGAAAACUUGUCAGGCAAACUUUGUGUGAGAGUGGUCGGCUGUGAAGGAUCUUCCAAACCAUUCUUUUAUAACCGCCAGGAUAAUGGCACUUUGUUGAGCAUAGAAGAUCUGAAUUGUGGUAUCUUGGUGGAUGUAAACACUGCUGAACAUUCAACUGUUAUAACCUUUUCUGAUUACCAUGAAGGAUCUGCACCUGCUCUGAUAAUAAACCAUACACCUUGGGACAUCCUCACAUACAAACAGAGUGGGUCACUGGAACAAGUGGAACUGCCACCAAGACAAGCUCGACUUUUUGCCUGGGCAGAUCCUACUGGUACCAGAAAACUUACCUGGAGAUAUGCAGCAAAUGUUGGGGAACACAAUCUGUUAAAGGAUGAAUGUGGACAGUUUCCCUAUGAUGCAAACAUUCAGAUACACUGGGUAUCAUUUCUGGAUGGGCGCCAGAGAGUUUUGCUCUUCACCGAUGAUGUUGCCUUGGUUUCCAAAGCACUGCAGGCAGAAGAAAUGGAACAGGCGGACCAUGAAAUAACCUUAUCUCUCCACAGUCUUGGGCUUUCACUGGUUAACAAUGAAAUCAAACAGGAAGUUUCGUAUAUUGGAAUAACCAGUUCUGGUGUUGUUUGGGAGAUGAAACCAAAACAGAAAUGGAAGCCAUUUAAUCAAAAGCAGAUAAUCUUACUGGAACAAUCCUAUCAGAAAUACCAAGUUUCAAGAGACCAUGGCUGGAUUAAGCUAGACAGUAAUUUUGAGGUCAAUUUUCAUAAAGUUCCAAUGGAAAUGCGCCUCCCUAUUCGGUGCCCUAUAAAACGAGAUUUUUUAUCAGGGAUUCAGAUUGAAUUUAAGCAGUCUCGUCACCAAAGAAGUUUAAGGGCCAGGUUGUACUGGCUUCAGAUUGAUAAUCAAUUACCAGGUGCAAUGUUCCCUGUUGUAUUUCAUCCUGUUGCCCCUCCAAAAUCUAUUGCUUUGGAUUCAGAGCCCAAACCUUUUAUAGAUGUGAGUGUCAUCACAAGAUUUAAUGAGUACAGUAAAGUCUUACAGUUUAAGUAUUUUAUGGUCCUCAUUCAGGAAAUGGCCUUAAAAGUUGAUCAGGGGUUUCUAGGAGCCAUUGUACUGCUGUUUACCCCAACAACUGACCCUGAAGCCGAAAGAAGACGGACAAAGUUAAUCCAGAAAGAUAUUGAUGCAUUAAACACAGAAUUAAUGGAGACUUCAAUGACUGAUAUGUCAAUUCUCAGUUUCUUUGAGCAUUUCCAUAUAUCUCCUGUUAAGUUGCAUUUGAGCCUUUCUUUGGGUUCUGGAGGUGAAGAAUCAGGCAAAGAAAAAGAGGAAAUGAUUGCAAUUCAUUCUGCCAACCUGCUGUUGAAAAGCAUAGGCGCUACUCUGACUGACGUGGAUGACCUUAUAUUCAAACUUGCUUAUUAUGAAAUUCGAUAUCAGUUUUACAAGAGAGAUCAGCUCAUGUGGAGUGUUGUUAGGCAUUACAGUGAACAGUUUUUGAAACAGAUGUAUGUCCUUGUAUUGGGGUUAGAUGUGCUUGGAAACCCAUUUGGAUUAAUUAGAGGUCUGUCUGAAGGAGUCGAAGCUUUAUUUUAUGAACCCUUUCAGGGUGCUGUUCAAGGCCCUGAAGAAUUUGCUGAGGGUUUAGUGAUUGGAGUAAGAAGUCUCUUUGGACACACAGUAGGUGGUGCUGCGGGAGUUGUAUCUCGAAUCACUGGUUCUGUUGGGAAAGGUUUGGCAGCAAUUACAAUGGACAAGGAGUAUCAGCAAAAAAGAAGAGAAGAGUUGAGUCGACAACCCAGAGAUUUUGGAGACAGCCUUGCCAGAGGGGGAAAGGGCUUCCUGCAAGGAGUUGUUGGUGGAGUGACUGGAAUAAUAACAAAACCUGUGGAAGGUGCCAAAAAGGAAGGAGCUGCUGGAUUCUUUAAAGGAAUUGGAAAAGGGCUUGUGGGUGCUGUGGCUCGUCCGACUGGUGGAAUCAUAGAUAUGGCCAGCAGUACCUUCCAAGGCAUUCAGAGGGCAGCAGAAUCAAUUGAAGAAGUGUCUAGCCUUCGUCCCCCUCGCCCGAUCCAUGAAGAUGGCAUUAUUCGUCCGUAUGACAGACAGGAAGCUGAGGGCUAUGACUUAUUUGAGAAUCAUAUCAAAAAGUUGGAAGGAGAGACUUAUCAAUACCACUGUGCUAUUCCUGGAAGCAAGAGGACAAUCCUUAUGGUUACUAAUAGGAGAGUGUUGUAUGUAAAGGAAGUUGAAAUCCUAGGCCAUAUGUCCGUAGACUGGCAGUGUCCAUUUGAAGAUUUUAUAUGUCCUCCUAUUGUCAAUGAAAAUGUGCUAAAAAUUUCGGUUAAGGAGCAGGGUCUGUUCCACAAGAAAGACAGUGCCAGUCAAGGCUGUCUUCGGAAAAUUUACCUAAAGGAUACCACCACGGCAGAGAGAGCAUAUCAUGCCAUUGAGGAUGCAAAGUCAACGAGACACCAGCAAAAAUUGAUGAAGCAAUCAUCACUGAGACUUGUCAGGCCCCAAAUACCAUCUUAAUCACAGCUCUUGGGGGGAGAAAAACCAAUCAUCAGUCUUGUCUAUAAAUCACUCUGCUUUAUAUUGCUAAAGAGAAUUUUUCAAGAACUCAUUAUAGUUUUAUUUUUCUCGAAUAGCUAGUAUUGGGUUUUCUACUUUUUUCCCCUUCAGGUUUGACUCUAAUUUUGUAACCAUGUGUAUGUUACCAAUCCACUUCUACGCUGCCACCUGAAUGGAUCAGACCGCUGAAGGAACCUCACUUCAAACUCAGAGUGUAAUUUUCAUUAAUAUUAAAAUUGUGAAGCAGAGGGCGGUAGGCUUAUUUUUAAUUAAAAUCCUAUUGAAGAAAAAGAAAGGACCUUAGAAUGACUAGUGUUCCUUGAAAGAUUUUACCCAUAGUCAAAUGCUGGACACUUUGACAUUUUGUUUAAGGGUGAUUUGAUUUGUUUAAUAAUUGAACUGAGAUCACAUUUUUGGUAAACAAGGUAAUUGACUGAAGAAAAGCCACUAAAGGGAGAAAUGGCAUAUUUUCUUUCUUUUUUGUUCAUGAAAACAUUGUUUUUCUGCUAAGAAAACAUGUUUUACUUUGGUGCUUAUUUUUCCUUCUUGCACUAUAAUAAAAGAAAUAACGGACAAUCAGACCUUAAAAUAUCUAUACUCUAUUUUCUGUAAUGGAGUAUCCACAAAAAUUUGGAAGUUAUUUACAUGCUCUUUCAAGAUGAACUUACAUGACACAAUUAUAAUUUGCUGAUAUAUGAAAAUAUCACAUUUUAAGUUUUUCAAGGCUCAGAAAUAUGUAAAAUUUGAUAUUUUUAUAUUUCCAGAAUUGUUUCUUAGAAGCUGAAAGACUUUAAGGGCAUCAUAAAUUAACAUCUAAUCGUAAUGCAUACCUAGAAAUGUAUUUUAAAUACUUAUUUCCUAGAGUGAAGAAUCUCUAGAUGCUUUAUAUAUAAGUAAAAUAAGGCUAUGAAAAAUAAGUAUUAGAUGUGUUCCUUGAAGGAGCAGGUCCAUGAGAGUCAGUUCAGUUUGCUCGUGGUGUUUAACAUGGCAUUUAUUUCAAAUUGCUGAAUUAAUGAUGAGAUGAAGAUGUGGACACACUUGGUUUUGCUCUAUUUGUAUUUAUGUGUGGUAGUGGUUUUGUCAUCAUCGAUGUUUUUAAAGACCUGGCCAUAAAACUUUAAAAAUUUUCCUAGUGCUAUUCAAUGUAUAAUCUAAAAAGAGAAGGCAAUAACUAAUGCCUUAAAUGUUUGCUCUGGUAGUUGGUGCCUUUUUAAGGUCAUUCUUUUUUGUUUGUGAAGAAAAGUAUUAUAUAUAAAACUUGUAGCUUUAAACCAAAUUUCUAUAUUAGUGGUUAAUUGGAAUUUAUUAAAAGGAUCAUUAUAAACAAUUUCAUAACAAGUGUUCCAGUAUUUUGUGUCGUUAAACCUGACUUAAUCAGGAAUUUGGGAUAUCUAAUUAUAUUUUUCAUAGGAAUCAUAGCUAUUGAAAAUGUCCUAAAUAUUUAAGAAAUUAUAUUACACAUAGUUUAUUCUAAAAAUGCAGGAACAAAACAUUGAACUAAGAAAAAGUAUAGAAAUUGAUAAACUCAUCAUCUCAGUUGGUAUAAAAAUAAACAUUCAUGUAUUUGUAACAUUUUUAUUUGAUUUAAUGUCCUGGGACAGAAGUAAUUCAUUGGUAAAGUGUAAUAAUGUCUGUUGUGCAUUUUUUAAAUGCUUUGAGAGUCAAUUAUUUGCAUAUGAAUUACUGAGAAAAAUAAAACAUUUGGUACAUUGUUCACAGGUGUGAAAACUUUGUGAGUUUGUGUAUUCAAGUAACAUUUGCUUUUACUUUCUUUUCCUUUACUACUUCUGAUUCUAUAAUAAUGAGAAGUUAAGUUAAUAGUUAUGGAAGGCUUUAAAACAAGCUAGUAAGGGAAAGCUUUUUCCCAGCUCCUUUACCACAUUGGAGAUCUGUGGCACAGACCUCCAGUACAGGGGGAGUGCAGAGAAUGCAGUUGACCAAAGGCCCAGUUGCACUUUGGAAUCCAUUGCUGCAUUUGCACUGAAGCCAUGCCUUCCGUGGUUCCUCUGAGCCACUGAGUGUGGCAAAUAAACUAAGACAGGCCCUUCGUGGGAGACACAGAACUCUUCUGGUAGCUGAUUUUGGUUUGAAGACUCUUCAAUGGCCUUAUAGAACCUUUCUUAAGCAGCAUGCCCUGCGUGGCAUUUUGGGAUGCUUCUACCCAGUCUUUCUCCCUCUCAGCCUCUCUCCCCUUCCCCUCCAUGCAUCCACUUGGGGCUCAGACUACAAGUCUGAAAACUCACCCAGGCCUGCAUUUUCCAGUGGUAAGGAUCACGCUGAGGUCUGUAGCAAAUCAGAGGCAUCAAAAUCAAAAAGAAACAAAAAACUGGAAGAGUGCGCCCAAACUUUACACAAAAAUUCAAUCUAGGGUGGACUUCCUCACGUGUGUUUCAUGAUUUUUUAUUAUUUUCAAUUUGAAGUAUGUAUGAAGGGGGGCAUUAUCAUCUUUUUGGUGCUUUGGGUCUUCUAAGCUUGUUGAUCUGAUGCUGCCUGGACAUGUAUUUUUAACAAAACUCCAUAUAUAUUUCUAAGGUACAGCUAGGACUGAAAAAUACUGUUCGGGAUUUAAAAUAAUCAAACGUGUAAAGAGCUCUACAGAUCUCAAUGCUGGUUAAAACACACAGUCACAAUUACUGCCAGAGCUAGAACAAUCAUCUUUUUAUUGGGGAAAAACCAAAGAUUCUUAGAGGAUGGCAGAUUGUUCAUACCUGGAUCAUCUGUCUUCUAGAUAGAAGCCCUUUUGGUUGAGAAUCACUACCAGAAUGACCAUCAGUAUUGGUGGAAAUGUGUUCUGUGCCAUGUAACUGAGAAAAAAAUGAGACUCACUGGAGCAGAGGGAGCACAUUUCUCUUGGUGAUUGUGCCUUUAGUGGAAGAAUUUAGGCUUAUUCUUGAAUUCACGCUGGAGAAUUCUUACAUAUAUGGUCAAAUACUACUGUGACAGUUUACUAGUCAAAGUGAGAAAAUAAAACCUUUGGAUGUGAGACAUAAAACUUGUCUCCAUUUCUAAUGUACAGUCAGAACUAAGAAUCAAAUGCAUGGUGUUCUACCAUAAACCAUCAUUGAGUUCUACUGAUACCGGAAGCAGAAAAAACAUGCCCAGGAUGCAUGCUCCUUCGCAACUGGCUCGGAGCUUGCCAAAGAAGAAAUGAUAUUUUUGUCCAUGACAUUAUGGAGUAGUAAUGUAACAAAUGAGCAGGUGUUCAAAGAUUGCAAUUUGAAUGGAGGCUAUAAAGUUUGAGCUUCACCAGAGGACGCUGCUGCAAAUUAGUUAAGCAAGCACUUAUUGAUGGUUUAAAUUAAGCAGCCACUCUGGAGCAGGGCACAUUUCCCUUCCCUGUGGAGUACUAUGAGAGAGUCUUAACCUACUUUGACACUUCUGAUCAAAUCUUCCCUACUUCACUUCAUUCAAUUCAGAGUGAUUCAUGCUUUCAAAAAUAGUAAAAAAAAAAAAAAAAAAAGAAAGAAA